CACACCAGAGGAUGGAGCCAGCCAGCACGAGCGUCUCCUCCACACCGCUGCUGCUGAGCGUAAAAGGGGCGUUUCGGAGCUUGGCAGCCUCUCUGCUGGCGGUGCCAGGUGUGUUCAAACCUGUAGCAGACAAACGCACCUCGGAGAUGUCUCACGGCUCAGUCACCGUGGGCUGGAUCUCCACAGCAUAAACCGCCAACCGGUGAUUCCUCCGCCCGUCUAUUUUCAGCCUGCCCACAGGUACGAGGGAUUUCUCGUUGACGCACUACAUGUCAGCGACACAAUCCACCCCCGAGUGAGUAAAAUCCUCUCUGUUUACAUUUAGUUUUGACGACUUAGCGUUUGGAGGCUCAUCUGGGGAUGCGGAUAUGCUUCAAGAGUAGCGACGGAGAGCAUGGCAUGAAUUAUUCCCUUUUAAAAAGCAUAUAGACGCCAUCAACUCUGCAGUUUUACGCACGAGGAGCGCUUGGAAUUAUUGCUUCCCAGACAUCUGUACGGACACCGAGGGAUGACAACACCCAGCGGCAGAUUCUCGGGUUGAAAAGCAGCUUCCUAAAUGUCAGGGAGAUGAAAUCCCCCUCAGCAGAAGCUCUGGAGAAAAGGAAGGUUUAUUAGGCCGCGUCACUUCGCCUUCAUUUAACAGCAGCGAACCGAAGACACUGUUAGACCGUUUAGUUGUUCGUGAAAGGGAGUAACCAUGUCCCGAACACUGAAGAAGAAGAAACACUGGUCCGGUAAAGUGGUGGAGUGCGCGGUGUCAUGGGGGAACCUGGGGGACUUUGGCACCGUGGUGGAGGUUCUGGGUGGAGCAGAGCUGGGCCAGUUCCCAUACCUGGGCCAGAUGAAGCUGGACGUGCUGGUGUGUCACGUCGGGAAGCUGCCCUACUACGGGGACGUUUUGCUGGAGGUGAACGGGACGCCCGUCAGUGGACUUACAAACCGCGACACCCUGGCUGUCAUCCGCCACUUUCGGGAGCCGAUACGCCUGAAGACGGUCAAACCAGCCUGAUGGAGGCAGUGGGCCUGGAGGAUCAGCUGUUACC